GCCCGCUAUAUAGUUUCCAUGAGCCGCCGCCCACCGCGACAAAAAGAUAAAUAUCUCGCUAUCCAUGACCCAUCGCGAUAUCCAUCUCCAUGGACGCCGUCGCCGAUGCCGCCGUAGUAGCUGGGGACGGUGAGUUCUUCCUCCCCGACCUCGACCUCGAUGCCCUGCUCGCCUCCUUCUCCGGCGCCGGCUCCGGCGUCUCGGGCCUCUUCGCCCCGUCCCCUCCGGCGGCGGACGCGGAGGCCGGGUCGCCGGAGUCGGUCAGCUCCAGGCUGAGCCCUACCCGGGGGGGGAAGCUGCUGGAGAUCGAGAGGUUCCUGAUGGAGGAGGAGGGGGUGGAGGCGGCGGCGGAGGGGGUCGGCGUGGAUGAUUUCUUCGACUCGCUGCUCGUCGACUGCGGGGAGGAGGAGGAGGAGGAGGGGAGUGAGGCGGGGGGAAGCACGGGUGGGGAAUCCGGGAAGGACAACGAGGUGGCUACCCCGGAGGCGGAAAAGGAAGAGGUGGAUGGCGAUGAUCCUAUCAGCAAGAAGAAGAGGAGGCAAAUGAGAAAUAGGGAUUCUGCCAUGAAAUCGAGGGAGAGGAAGAAGAUGUAUGUUAAGGACUUGGAGUCUAAGAGCAAGUAUCUGGAGGCCGAGUGUCGCCGCCUCAGCUACGCGCUUCAGUGCUGCGCAGCUGAGAACAUGGCACUGCGCCAGAGCUUGUUGAAGGAUAGGCCUGUCGGUGCUGCCGCAGCCAUGCAGGAGUCUGCCGUACUCACGGAAACCCUGCCGCUGGUUUCCCUGCUUUGGCUCGUGAGCAUCGUGUGCCUACUCCUGAUGCCCGGUCUACCCAACCGAAAUCCGGUGGCUCGAAGCAGCGCCGGAAGAGAUCUCGCGACGGUAACCGGAAAGAAGACAAGCAGUGAACAACAGCUUGAGACAUUGAAGCUAUUACUCCAUGGGAGGCGUUGCAAGGGCUCAAGGGCGAGGAUCAAGUUAGAUACCGGACCGUUCCAUGCAGCUGCUGCUGCUUGCUAGGCUGCCAUUUUCUUUUCUUGCAAAGUUUCCGGUCUGUAGUAGCAAAUCAAAUUGUGUCAUGUUUAUCGUCUGUUUGAUAUUACUAGUAAUCCUCUACCCGCUAUCCAGGUAGUUUUGGAAUCUGGUUGGAAUUUGGAAUUU